AGCCCUAAUUGUCUCGCAUUUUCGUCAAUCUUCGCUGCUCUGUUUCUUUUUGUAAUCAAUGGUGUAGUCAAUUAUGCUCAAGAACAUCUGCUGUAAUAUCUAAGGUUUGCUCAUCAGGUUGAAUAAUCCAUCUUAAGAAAAUCAAAAUCUUGUUAUUUUGCUUCUACUGAAAAAUCUUGUUACCCCCAUAGCCUAUAUUGCGAACCUCGACAGCGGCUUCCUUCACACAGCUUUGGACGGUGGCAGACUGAACCUGAAGCGGUGCCAAGACGGGUGGCACGGCUGGCUUCCACUGCGCCUAUCUGCCUUGCGAGCCUGAGACGGAGAGAGGCGGAUACUCAGAGAGAGUCGGAACCUACCUGGAGACAGAGAGAGUCGGUGGAGCUGCCGGACCGAGAGAGCAACUCCGGCGAGGGUCGAGCUUCAAUUUAGGAUCCACCUGCAAUCCCUUUUCCUGAUUCCCCAUCUCCGGUUCAGCGAUUCUCCAGGGCACUUGUGGAUUUAGCUCCGGCCCCUAGCGGAAGGCACUACUCAUGCAGUGAAUUCUGAAAAUCUCAACUAGACAAAGCACUGAUGUCGGUCUUAGAUCGACUUGCUGAGUACUGAUGCAACAAGCUGAAGAUGGUCAAAGCAUAAAAUCACUUCUUCAAGACCUUAAGGUGCAAAGGUUUGACCAUAUGAAUGGCGUGGAGAGUUGUAGGGAAAAAGUGUAUGUUUUCUUGUCUCAGGAAAAACUUGACAUUGACAUCCAAAGAAGCAGCAGCGUUGGUGUCCCCCAAUCUAAGUGAGGCGCUAAGAUCACUUGCCAUUUUGGCUAGAUAUACGGAGGGAUAUUAUCUAUGUCCGGAGUUAUUGGCAGGAAAUGCUGGCACUUGUUCCAAUAAGACAUUUAUAAGGACUUUCCAUGCCACUCCAAAAGCACUAGGUAGGAGAUUUGAUGAUGAAGCAUUGGGAUCAAAGACUGCAAAGAAAGGAAAGUUCAAGAAAAGGACAAAGAGUACUGCCCCACCUGUUGAAAAACCUUACAUCCCUCCCAAACUAAAAAAAGCCGGCAGCUCAUCAGCUGAGAGGAAAAUUGAAAUAUUCGAAGGGAUGACGAUUGUUGAGCUUGCCAAGCGGUGUGGAGAAUCUAUACCUGUUGUGCAGGAUAUCCUUUUGAAUAUGGGGGAGAAAAUUGGAUCAGAAUUUGACCCUCUCAGUAUUGACGUUGCUGAGCUAGUUGCAAUGGAAGUAGGAGUUCAAGUCAUGAGGCAGCAUUCAGUUGAAGGUGGUGAACUCCUACCACGUCCACCAGUUGUCACAGUGAUGGGUCAUGUUGACCAUGGCAAAACAUCACUUUUGGAUGCUCUGCGGCAAACUUCUGUGGCAGCUAAUGAAGCUGGAGGCAUAACUCAGCAUUUGGGAGCAUUUGUUGUCAGCAUGUCUUCAGGGGCAUCAAUCACAUUCCUUGACACUCCUGGCCAUGCCGCAUUCAGUGCAAUGCGAGCUAGAGGUGCAGCAGUAACAGACAUAGUUGUGUUGGUAGUGGCUGCUGAUGAUGGUGUCAUGCCUCAAACACUUGAAGCAAUCUCUCAUGCAAAAUCUGCUGACGUGCCGAUUGUUGUUGCUAUCAACAAAUGUGACAAGCCUGCAGCAGACCCACAGAGAGUGAAAGUUCAGCUUGCAACAGAAGGGUUGCCCUUGGAGGAGAUGGGUGGAGAUGUUCAGGUUGUUGAAGUGUCUGCAGUAAAAAGAACCGGUUUGGAUAGUUUAGAAGAAGCUUUACUUCUGCAGGCUGAGCUUAUGGAUUUGAAAGCACGUAGUGAUGGGCCAGCUCAAGCUUACGUAGUUGAAGCAAGGCUUGACAAGGGACGGGGUCCAUUGGUUACUGCCAUAGUGAAAACAGGAACACUUGUUUGUGGCCAGCAUGUUGUUUUGGGUGCGGAGUGGGGGAAAAUAAGGGCUAUCCGUGAUACGGUGGGAAAAUUGACCGAGAAGGCUAAUCCCUCAAUGCCAGUUGAGAUUGAAGGGCUGAAAGGGCUACCUAUGGCCGGUGAUGAUAUCGUCGUGGUGCAUUCUGAGGAAAGGGCAAGGAUGCUUAGUGAUGGAAGGAAAAAGAAAAAUGAAAGAGAUAGACUAAAUAAGAAGGUAGCAGAUAGACUUGUGGAGGAGCAAGAUGAGGAGCAAUCAGACGAUACAGAAACACCGGAGGAAAACAGGCAUAAGCCCAAGAGGGUGGAAUUGGCAUUUAUAGUAAAAGGAGACGUUCAAGGCACUGUUCAAGCUGUCACGGAUGUCUUAAAGGGCUUGGAUAGUCCCCAGGUUAAUGUAACGGUUGUCCAUGGUGGUGUUGGGCCAAUCUCCGAGUCCGAUGUAGAUUUGGCACAAGCUUGUGGUGCAUGUAUUGUGGGUUUCAACGUGAGAAAUCCGCCCACUUCUCUAAGUCAGGAAGCUAACAGAGCCGGCAUAAAGAUAAUAUUGCACCGCGUGAUAUAUCAUCUCCUGGAGGAGGUGGGGAAGUUGAUCGUCGAAAGGGCUCCGGGGACUGUGGAGACCAAAGUCGCCGGAGAAGCUCAGGUGCUGAGCAUCUUUGAGACAAAGGGGAGGAGCAAGGCCAAGGGGGACGACGUGAAGAUCGCCGGGUGCCGGGUGGUUGACGGGCGGAUGAAGAGGGCGUCGCCCAUGAGGCUUCUGCGGAGCGGGGAGCUCGUGUUCGAAGGGUGCUGCGCGUCGCUGAAGAGGGAGAAGCAGGACGUGGAGACGGUCGGGAAGGGGUCCGAGUGCGGGCUGGUCAUCCAGAACUGCUUUGACUUCCAGGUGGGUGACGUCAUCCAGUGCAUGGAGCAGGUGACCAGGAAGCCCAGGUUCGUCUCUUCUGAGAGUGGGGCCGUCAGGAUCGAGUGCUGAUGUGUUAUCAUUCUUCUUCUGGAGCUUUUUUUUUUGUCUGGUAAUGAUUUAAUCAAGCAGUCUUAGGUAGGGCUCAGCUUCAAGCCUUCUACUCCACACACAAUGGUCACCCAGAAGCUAUGAAAGGACACUAUCUUUUUCUAAUUUAUAAAUUGGCCGGUAUUACUGUACUUGAGAUGAAAGCCGAUUUUUUGUCAUCUUCUGUAUUUUUUUUGUUACAUGGGUUGCCUCUCAGUUGCAUGCAUUAAGUUUAUUGCGCCAUUACUAGUUCACUA